UUACCGGACGCGCUGGCACUGUAGCGGAGGAGGCGAGCAUUGCACUGGCUUGCCCCAACAGGACGGCAAUUCGCUGCCUCGGUUCGGCAGCGAGCCCAGGGGGAUCGGUGCUUCUCAUGCUGCCUGCUCCUCCUGGGAUCGAGCCGCUUCUGCCCCGAGAGCGCCUGGCUCUGCCCGAGGGCGCUGGGGGGCCUCGCCGGCCCAUGGCCGUGCAGGAGCUGGGCGCGGGCCCCUUUCCUCAGGGCGGCGCCGACAUCGGCCAGGCCCUCGCCUCGCUGGAGCAGCGCCUGGAGCGCCUGGAGCGCCGCCUCGCCGCGCCGAGCGCGGAGGACGCCCUGCGCCUCGGCGUGCUGCCGCCGGGCGCCGUCGCGGGCGCCAACAAGGCCGACCAGGAGGCGCUGCUGAGGCUGGAUGCGUACGUCGACAGGCGGAUCCAGGAGAGACUCUCGGGGCACAGCCGGACGCACCCGGUCGAGCAGGCCGGGCCAGAGGGGGCGGGCGCAGGCGCGAGGCCGGCGAUCGAUGCCCCAGCCGAGUCCGAGGACGCGCAGCUGGAGGCCGCCCACUUGGACCAGGGCGACACCUACUCCAUUCGAGGGGGGAGUCCGUCUGGGACAUGA